AUGACCGUCAAGUCACAUCGCAUCCGCAUUUCCAUCGACAGAGGCGGCACCUUUACAGAUGUGCACGCCGCCAUCCCCGGCAGAGAGGACAUCAUCCUCAAGCUUCUCUCCGUCGACCCGGCCAACUACCAAGAUGCUCCCACCGAGGGCAUCCGCAGAAUCCUGGAAAUGGUCACCGGGGAGACGCUACCCAGAGGCCAGCUCCUGGACCUCUUCCACGUCGAGUCCAUCCGCAUGGGCACCACAGUAGCCACAAACGCCCUUCUCGAGAGGAAAGGAGAGCGCGUUGCCCUCAUCACAACCAAGGGCUUCCGCGACUUGCUGGCCAUCGGAAACCAGUCCAGACCCAACAUCUUCGAUCUCUCGGUGACGAGGCCAGAGGUCCUCUUCGACGAAGUCGUCGAGGUCGACGAGCGCAUCACCAUGGAGGACUACACCGAGGACCCGGCCUCCGUCAAGACCACCCCCACACCCGACGACAAGGAGCUGGUGACCGCCAUCACCGGGGAGACCAUCCGGGUCCUGAAGAGGCCAGACCUGGCCGAGAUCAAGACGCAGCUGGAGAAGGUCCGCGAGCAGGGCUUCCGGUCCAUCGCCGUCGUCUUCAUCCACUCGUACGCGUACCCGGACCACGAGCUGCUGGUGGGCCGUGUCGCGGCCGAGAUGGGCUUCUCCGUGACGCUGUCGUCCGAGGUCCAGCCCAUGAUCAACGUCGUGCCCCGCGGCAUGUCCGCCGUGGCUGACGCUUACCUCACACCCGUCAUCCGCCAGUACAUCGACUCGAUCUCGGCCAACUUCAAGGGCGGGUUUGCGGCUGCUGCUACUCGUAUCGAGUUCAUGCAGUCGGACGGCGGCCUGGUGGACUACCGCAAGUUUAGCGGUCUGAAGGCCAUCCUGUCCGGCCCUGCUGGUGGUGUCGUCGGUUACGCGCAGACCUCCUGGGACGAUGAGGAGCGCCGUCCGGUGAUUGGUUUCGAUAUGGGUGGUACCUCCACCGAUGUGUCUCGGUACGCUGGUGUCUACGACCACGUGUUCGAGACGACGACGGCCGGCAUUGCUAUUCAGUCGCCGCAGCUCGAUAUUCACACCGUGGCUGCCGGAGGUGGUUCGAUUCUGACAUGGAAGAACGGCCUCUUCAACGUCGGGCCCGAGUCCGCUUCUGCUCACCCCGGCCCGGCCUGCUACCGCAAGGGCGGCCCGCUCACCGUGACGGACGCAAACCUGUUCCUCGGAAGGCUUCUGCCUGAGUACUUCCCCAAGGUCUUCGGCCCCAAGGAGAACGAGCCCUUGAACCGCGAAGUCACUGCUUCCAAGUUCCUCGAGCUCACCAGCCGGAUCAACAAGGACCGCGAGGCCUCUGGCCUGUCUCUUCUCUCCCCGGAGGAGGUUGCUCUGGGCUUCUUGAAGGUUGCCGACGAGGGCAUGGCCAGUCCUAUCCGUGCCCUCACCGAAGCUCGCGGUUACGAGGCUGGUGUUCACCAUCUUGCUUGCUUCGGUGGUGCGGGUGGCCAGCAUGCGUGCUCCGUCGCGACUGUUCUGGGCAUCUCCCGCAUCAUCAUCCACAAGUACUCGUCCAUCCUGUCAGCCUACGGCAUGUCCUUGGCCGACGUCGUGCACGAGAUCCAGCGCCCCUCUGCUAUCACCUACUCCGACGAGACCGCCGCCAGCAUCCAGCAGCAACUCGAGGACCUCUCCUCCCAAGCCACCCUCGAGCUCGUGAAGCAGGGGUUCGCCGAGGACCGCAUCACCCACGACGCGUAUCUCAACAUGAGAUACGCCGGCUCGAGCAGCUCCCUGAUGAUCCUCAAGGGCGCCGACUGGAACUUCAAGACGGAGUUCGAGGACGCGCACCGUCGCGGCUUUGGGUUCCAUUUCCCCGAGAAGGCCAUCAUUGUCGACGAUAUCCGUAUCCGCGCGACGGGCGCCGCGCGCGCCAAGGUUGAGAAGAGCCCCUUUGCGCAGAUGAAGGCCGUUGAGGGCUCGACUGCGGCGACUCCCUCUCCCAGCGGCACAAACAAGGUCUACUUUGAGGGCCACGGCCACCUCGACACUGCGAUCUAUGAGCUUCAGACCAUCCCUGUCGGCGCCCGCAUCACUGGCCCGGCUUUGAUUAUCGACAACACGCAGACCAUUCUCGUUACGCCUGCGUCGACUGCCACCGUCCUCGACAGCUACGUUGUCAUCGACCGCGCGCCCAAGGAGGUCGUCGCCAAGACCAACGGCGAGCAGGAGGAGUUCAGCCCCGUUCAACUGACCGUCUUCGGCCACCGUUUCAUGUCGAUCGCCGAACAGAUGGGUCGCACCUUGCAAAAGACGGCCGUGUCUACCAAUAUCAAGGAGCGUCUUGAUUUCUCUUGCGCCAUCUUCAGCCCCGACGGUGGCCUCGUCGCUAACGCUCCUCACGUCCCUGUGCAUCUCGGCUCUAUGCAGUUCGCCGUGCGCUAUCAGCACAACCUGUGGAACGGCAAGUUGAAGGACGGUGACGUCCUCGUUUCCAACCACCCGUCCUGCGGAGGAACCCAUUUGCCCGACAUCACCGUCAUCACGCCCGUUUUCGACGGCGAGGAGAUUGCCUUCUACGUCGCCUCUCGUGGACACCACGCGGACAUUGGUGGCAUCCUCCCCGGCUCCAUGCCGCCGACGUCAUCCGCUCUCUGGCAGGAGGGCGCCGCCAUCGAGUCGACGAAGCUCGUCAGCGAGGGCCGCUUCAACGAAAACGAAGUCCGCCGCCUGCUGCUCGAGGAGCCCGCCCAGUACGACGGCUGCUCCGGCACCCGCAGACUGCAGGACAACCUCUCAGAUCUCAAGGCCCAGAUCGCCGCCAACGCCAAGGGCAUCGCCCUGAUCAAGGCCCUCAUCGCAGAGUACGGCCUCGCCACCGUCCACCGCUACAUGUACGCCAUCCAGCACACGGCCGAGCACGCCGUGCGCGAGCUCAUGCAAUCCACCCUCGCCAAGUUCGGCCCCGAGCCCCUCGUCGCCGUCGACUACAUGGACGACGGCACGCCCAUCUCCCUUAAGAUCACCGUCUCCCCCGACGGCUCCGCCACCUUCGACUUCACCGGCACCGGCCCGCAGGUCCUCGGCAACACCAACGCCCCGAUCGCAAUCACCCACUCCGCCAUCAUCUACUGCCUGCGCGGGCUCAUCUCGUCGCAGAUCCCGCUCAACCAGGGCUGCCUCGCGCCGAUCGACAUCGUCAUCCCGGACGGCAGCAUCCUCAACCCGGGCGCGGGGCUCGCCGUCGUCGGCGGCAACGUGCUCACCUCGCAGCGCAUCACCGACGUGGUCCUCAAGGCGUUCCGCGCGUCCGCCGCCUCCCAGGGCUGCUGCAACAACCUCACCUUCGGCACGGGCGGCAAGGACCCCGUGACGGGCGAGCACAAGGACGGGUUCGGAUACUACGAGACGAUCGCCGGCGGCGCGGGCGCGGGGCCGACGUGGGCGGGCCAGAGCGGCGUGCACACGCACAUGACGAACACGCGCAUUACGGACCCCGAGGUGUUCGAGAAGCGCUACCCGUGCGUGCUGCGCCGGUUCCAGCUGCGCGCGGGGUCGGGCGGCGUGGGCCGCAACCGCGGCGGCGACGGCACCGUGAGGGAGAUUGAGUUCCGGGUGCCGGUGCAGUGCUCCAUUCUCAGCGAGCGCCGGAGCAGGCGGCCGUAUGGCAUGGAGGGUGGUGGAGAUGGAGAGGCGGGUGUGAACUUGGUUAUUGUCAGGGAUGAUAUGAAGAAUGGGGAGGAGAGGGUGGUGAACCUUGGGGCGAAGGCGACGACGAAGUUGAGGGCUGGGGAGAGGGUGAUUAUCCAGUCGCCGGGCGGUGGUGCCUGGGGCGCGGUCGAGGCGUGA